ACAGACAAUGGAUACUUCUGCUCAUAUCACGCCUGCGGAUGAUGACGCUACCAGAACAUCCGCCUCUGAGGGCUUGGAGGAGGGGGAAGUGGAAGGAGAGACGCUCCUGCUGGUAGAGUCUGAAGAUCAGGCAUCCAUUGACUUGUCCCACGAUCAAAGUGGCGAUUCACUUAAUAGUGAUAUUGGUGAUGACUUAGAUUCACCGUGGAUGGACGAGAUGCCGUUUCAUUGUGACAAAUGUCAGAAAUGGAUUCCAGCAAGUCAGCUGAGAGGAGAUCCCCCAAGUUAUCUUAAAGGAGACAAUUUCUUCAAAUUCAUAUGUAGUGACUGUUCUGAGGAUGGGAAGGAGCAGUUUGAGCGUUUAAGGCUCACUUGGCAGCAGGUUGUCAUGUUGGCCAUGUACAACUUAUCAUUAGAAGGAUCUGGCCGCCAGGGCUACUUCAGAUGGAAAGAGGACAUCUGUUCAUUCAUAGAGAAGCACUGGACCUUUUUACUGGGAAAUAGGAAGAAGACGUCUACCUGGUGGAGCACGGUUGCGGGUUGUCUCUCUGUAGGCAGUCCUAUGUUUUUCAAAUCUGGCGCUCAGGAGUUUGGAGAACCAGGAUGGUGGAAGCUUGUAAAUAACAAACCUCCUGCUAUGAGACCUGAAGGAGACAAAUAUAUUUCAUCUUCGCAAAAGAAAACUCCUGGUAAGUCUAGCUUGGACCCAGUGAUCACAGUAGAAGGACUCAGAAAAAGAUCUAGAGGAAACCCGGUUGAGUCUGCUAUAGAGCUAAAAGAAAAAAGAUCUUGUACUCAAGAAGCAAAAGACAUCAGGAGAGCGCAGAAAGAAGCCUCUGGAUUUGUGGAUCGCAGCUCAUGUUCUACUCCUGUGAAGUUCUCCAGCAGUCGAAACAGACGCCCAGAUAUUCUGCUAGAGAAAGGGGAAGUAGUAGACUUCUCCUCUAUGAGUUCAUCAGACCGGACACCCAUGACCAGUCCAUCACCAUCUCCUUCUUUGGAUUUCUCUGCUCCGGGUACACCAGCUUCACACUCAGCAACUCCAAGCCUACUCUCUGAGGCUGAUCUAAUUCCAGAUGUCAUGCCACCCCAAGCUUUAUUCCAUGAUGAUGAAGAGAUGGAUGCUGAUGGAGUCAUUGAUCCUGGGAUGGAAUACAUACCUUCUAUCACCUCCCAUUCAACUCUUCUAUGUCAAAGGAAUUUCAGGUCAUCUGUGCAUGUGAAACAAGAAAUAGAGAGUGAAGAGGAGAGGCUGGACCAGGUAGAGGGGGAACUGCACAAGGGCCCAUCUGCAGAUAGAUCCCGUGACAAGAGGCGACCUCAGCUGAUAGAGAGGGAUAAAACCAAAAAUCCUCAGUACCAUGCUAUCAGCCUUUAUGAAGAAAAACGGCUCCUCAAACGCCUUGAGGCCUGUCCCAAUGCUGUAGCUCUGACACCAGAAGCUAGAAGGCUGAGACAGAAGCUGCUUGUCCGUAAGGCCAAGCGUGAAAGAGGCUUACCCCUUUUUGACUUGGAUCAGGCAGUAAAUGCUGCUCUUAUGCUUGUUGGAGGGGUCUAUGGAGCCAGAGAAGGGUCAGUGUCUAGGCCGAUACAGACAGGACCCGAGUUUAGAACAACAAGCAAGGACAUGCGGAUCUUGGACAGAUAUCAGACUGCAAUGCCUGCGACCAAAGGUGUCCGUCACACUGCUGUGCGCUUCUUGUAUCGGCUUGGGGCAGCAGAAGAUAAAGAUGCAGACCUCAGCAUAGUUAGCCCCUACACUGCCCGCAUUCUGAAACCAUAUAUACGUCGUGACUAUGAGACCAGACCAUGCAGACUGCAGCUCUUGGCCCAGAUCAGGGCUUAUGCCCACAGAAACGAUCCCAGCUGGGUACCAGAACCACAUUCCCCCAUUGACUAUUGCUAUGUCCGCCCAGGCCACAUCCCUACAAUCAACUCCAUAUGCCAGGAAUUUUUCUGGCCAGGGAUCGAUGUGUCGGAAUGUUUGCAGUACCCGGAUUUCAGUGUGGUGGUCCUGUACAAAAAGGUUAUUAUUGCCUUUGGCUUCAUGGUGCCUGAUGUUAAAUACAAUGAGGCCUAUAUUUCGUUUCUUUUUGUCCAUCCGGAAUGGAGGCGAGCUGGGUUGGCAACAUUUAUGAUCUACCAUCUUAUUCAGACCUGCAUGGGGAAAGAUGUUACUCUACACGUCUCUGCCAAUAAUCCGGCAAUGCUGCUGUACCAGAAGUUUGGAUUUAAGACGGAGGAGUAUGUCCUGGAUUUUUAUGACAAGUACUACCCCAUAGACAGCAAGGAAUGUAAGCACGCUUUUUUUCUGCGCUUACGAAGGUGAUAACCUGGUCGACCACAAUGGCAGAGAUGGCACUGAUUUCGGCUUUAUAUUGAAGAUUAUACUUUGGAAGGACUUUUUGUAGUGACAGUGCCUGGAUGAAGGGAACUGUGAAAUAGACAUCGCUUUUAUUGUUCCACGUACAGCUCGUGGCUGGGAUUUCUUGCACUGACAGCAGAGAAUCAUCUCAGAAUUGUUACUAAUAGUAUCUGAUGCUGUUGCUUAGUGAACACGUUACUGACACAUGUACAGGAAUGGUUCCAAAAGACAAGCUGGUUUAGCAUAGAUCUAAAGAAGAAAAGACUACAUGGUAAGACUGGGUUCGUAUCUUUGCGUCGGAAGGUCAAAUCGUGAUGUGAACCCAACCUACGUCUUUAUAUAGAAUGGGGCUGUCCUUUGGGGGUUUGAGGUCAUAGAGAUCUGUCACCACUAAUACAAUCAUUGCAUGAUGUGCAGGUCUGUUCAGCUUAGAGCAGUUAUCCCAUUGUAAUGGUAGUAUGAGAAGCACCUCUGCUGUUCCUUCCUAUUGCUAGACAUAACCUAUACUUACAAAUUAAACAUCGGUUAUUUGGUUAAAUAAUAUAAAAAGCAAAAUCAUUUGCUUUUUGCAUCACUGGACUAAUACGGCUACUCCUAACUACGUUAAAUAAUUUGGCGUUCACCACUUGACCUUCUAUUGCACAAGCUGCACCAGCGCAACUCCUCAGUCUCUUCACACUUCAUACCUAACAAAACAUUUGGCUGCUGGAGGCCUAAUCUGUAGGUGACUCCUACUGGGCCAAUAGGUAUACAAGUUCGAUGGACCCUCAAGCUGCAAUAUUAUGUGGCUCUGGGACAACUUAUAUAACAUAAAACUCUCUACACCCUAUCUUUAAAUAGUACCUAUCAACAACUAAACUUUCCCAAAUUCCCCCCCUCCCCUCCCCAGCUGAACCUGACUGACACUAUCCCUGCUUUUUUUAUUUUUUUUGUGUAAAAAAACACGCAAAAUACCUUUUUUACUAUGAGCUGCUCAUUCUGCCAGCCGUCUGAGAGAAAGAGAGGGGGAGUGGCCCGGCAGGCGGGAGCACACAUCUAGUCUCAGCAGAGGGCAGGCACGGCAGCUCUGAAGAUCAGAGUUUCCGUACUUGCAGCAGUAAAAUAACAAAGGUGGGUGGCCGGCCGAGUCAGGAGCGUGCAAUAGCAGUAGUGGGAGCUGAAGUGCUAAAGUACGAGAACAGUGCUCGCUCCCGCCUGUCUGAUUAACAGGCGGGGAGCUGCAUUGAGCUCGUACAUGUCCUGGCUGCAGUGUGAAUUUGGACUCAUGCCAUGAGUCUGAAAUCAAUAGAAAUGCUUGCGUCCAGGACUGCUAGGGAGACCCCGAGUGGUGAAUUUUUUUUAAAUUAAAGUACACAUGAAAGGAUGCAAAAUUUUGAAUUAAAAGCAAUUAGAAAGUUGUUCAUUAGGGAUUGAUCUUUAAUAUGUAAAAAUAAUUUUUUGAUGAUGGGUACCCUUUAAAGAAUAUGGUAUUGAAUUACGAAGUCCCUAAAAAUAGACAUAGGCAGAUAACUAAUAUUACAAGUCACUAUAUAAAAAGUCAGAAAUAAAAACAGAAUGUGUUGGAAGAUAAGAACCAUUCAGCCCAUCUAGUCUGCCGAAUAAUAGCAUCUGGAAGCUGUAAACCAAUUUUUAUAUUGAAGAAGAGAGCUGCUUCAGGGUUUUGCACAAUACACAUUGUAUCAGAGGAAUAAGAUGGCGGUGCUCUUACCUGGUGCCCAUAGAGGAAGCUUGCGCUGGCACAGGUUAAGGGCAGCACAGUAGUAUACUGAACUGUAGAGUGGCUACUAGGCAGUAGCAUAUACCUUAGUAAUACAGGUGGUGUACCAAUAAAAUGCCCAUGCUGAUUCUCAAUCACAUGCGGCUUAUAUGCCAAAUGUGGCUUUAGGUUGCAUUAUCCCAAUGUCCUGGGGCCAAGCUUAGGAGGAACUGAUGUUCAGUAAUAUGUGCUAAGGAAAUAAAGCACCCAUCAAACUUAAAGGGGUACUCAACUGGAAAACAUUUUUUUUUUUUUUUUUAUCAGAUUUGUAAAUUACUUCUAUUAAAAAAAAUCUUAAUCCUUCCAGUACUCAUCAGCUGCUGUGUGAUCCACAGGAAGUUCUUUUCUUUUAGAAUUUCCUUUCUGUCUGACCACAGUGCUCUCUGCUGACAUCUCUGUUCAUUUUAGGAACUGUCCAGAGUAGGAGAAAAUCCCCAUAGAAAA